AUGGUGGAAGAUGAACCCGAACGCAGCUCCUCGGGAGACUCUGAACCCGAACGCAGCUCCUCGGACGAACCUGACCAGAACAUGCCGGACGCACCCGACCACAACUUCCAAGACGAACCCGGUCAUAUCAAUCAAGACGAAGCGCCGGAGUGUGCAGUGUGCAGCGCAGAAGAGAAUCUCGUCCCUUGCUCGGGCUGCCGGAACAUCCACUAUUGCUCGACUGAGUGUGCGCAGCUUGAUCACGACUUUCAUAGUGGCAACUGUGACAGACCAGGUCUCGUUGAGAUCGCAGAUCCACUUACCGGAGGCAAAUAUCCCAUAUGCGCAAACUGCAGUCGCAAGAAGUCGAAGGAGGGUCUUCCUUUGCUGCACUGUGGACGGUGCCGCAAGAUGCACUACUGCGGCGAUGCGUGCGCCGAGAAGCACUGGGCGUGGCAUUCACUUACCUGCAAGGCUGCUGGGAAAGAGCCUUCCGUAUCUUCGUCUUCCUCUCAAGGGCCUGCGAACGAGACGCCUCAACGCCGGCAAAAGAUCGUGGAGUGCGCGAAUUGCAGCGACGGGCAAUCAGUUGGCGGUGGACCAUUGGGAUACUGCACUAUAUGUGGGCUUGUCCGCUACUGUUCUUCGGAUUGUGAGCAAGCAGAUCGGGAGUGGCAUUCGCUCACAUGUCGCCGAAGGGAGGACAUUGCUAGCGAGUCAAAGUCUGGUGGUCCCACGUAUCUGGACAACAACAUUGACAACAACUUUUCCGGCGGUCCGAAGAUUCGCCUUGCUCCCAAGAAGAAGGCUAUCAAAUCGACUCGUCCUUUGGUCUCUCCAGAGCACGUGAACCAGAAAGCUAUCGAACUCAAUAAGCUCAUCGAAGAAGGCGGCAGACUCUUUCUUGACGACGGCCUCGCCGGGCGCCGGACUCCCUCUUCCCCAACGACAACCGCAUCCUCCGACUCCUCGCCCACCCGCAAACCGCGCGAUCGAUCGCGAACUCCACCUCAAUCCCGACCGCAACGAACACCUCCGCCUCAAAAUCUGCCUCCACGUCUCUCACCCGAACCAUCUCUCUCUUCGACGCCCGAGCUGCGAGCGUUCCGGUCUAUUCUCUCCCAUCCUGAAGAAGCCAAUGCCAAUCAUAUAGGGCGAGUCGACCGGUUCUACGACCAUAUGCCGCCUUCGGUGUACAUGCGCUGGAUCAAAGGCGCGAAACUCAUCGAUGAUGGAAGGAGCGUGCGUUUUGAUGUCGUGAACCUUGGGAAGGAAGUCGAGGUUGGAGAGUAUUGCUGGCUGGAUGGCGAUGCGAUGCGGAGGGAAUGGCUGGUGCCGUUGCAGGAAUUUUGGGGGAGGGUCAGAGUGCAGGUCGAGGGGAGGGAGAGGAGGAGGGUUGUGGAGGAGGAGAGGGAGAAGGAGAGAGAAGUGGAGCGAAAGUUGAAGAAGGAGAUGGUUGAGGAGGAGAAGAGAGUGAGACCAGAGGUGGAGAAGAUUGGGCCAGGCAGCGAAGCGGAGUUAUAG